AUGUCUUUCAAGGAUUCGAAGGUGUCUUCACUUGCAGCAGCACUUACUGAACUCCACCCGCUUGCAGUGUUUGAGCCUGACAAAGUUGACGCAUUAAGAGAUCCAACGCUCCUAUAUAAUCGAAUUUCAGAUUACUUUUCCUCGGCAGGAGUUGUCUUGAAAGAAUCUCUAGAUGUUUUUAAGCAUCUCGAUAGGCUAACACAAGAUUACUCACGACAUGAAUGGGUCGAAUCAAAAAUAAAACAGUACCAAACCCAAUUGAAGUAUUCAGCCAUGCAUCCUAAGGAUGCUACAAGUAUCCUUAAGGAUUAUCUCGCUAACCCACUACCAUCUGUAACUGAUGCUGAGGUCGAUGCAUUUAUUAAAUCCUUGACACCUACGCAGCUCAAAACACUGAGGCGUAUGCACGCCAUAGAGAAGCUUGAUGGUUUCGACUACAUGUGGGAUUUAGAAGAAAUACAUGAUGCGUCCACGUGUGAAAAAAAGUCAACUAUUAAUGCGCAUUCUACUCAUGGCAACUCUGUGGUUCUACCGUCAGUCACGCACAAGUCGAUAUCUAGAAAUGCAGAUGACCGCAUGCUUUCCGGAGUCUCUAUCACGCCGAUGGAUCCACCUUCCACUAGGUUCAUGACAAAUGAGAAGAGUGUAAUUGAGUACAUACCAAAUACCCAUACUUCCAACACUACUCUAAUUGAACCUGCAUACACGGUGGAAGCAGCAUAUACCAUUGGUGACGGUGUGAUAGAAUCUAUUAGUGAUGACGAGUCUACUGGGUCCUUCUGCCGGUUUUCCAGGAUUGCACUUGCACGAGCUGAAAAACAGGGGUUGUUUCAGGGUGAUUUGGAGGUUAACAAUCUCACCAAAGGGGAGGCUACUGUGACAAUGUCUCCGAAGGAGCAUCUUAAUGCGCCAAUUCUCGCACAAGAACCUCAGCGUAAUGGCACAGACAUGCCCUACUGUAAAGAAAUAUCCUCUCUCUUGCUGUCUCCUGAGGAUCUAGGAAAUAACAGUAUGGGUGCUGUGACACAAUCUGAUAGCAGGCUGUCUGUGGAAGACGGGUUGAAUAUGCAGAGAUGUGGCUCAACUCCAGGAAGAAUCAAUCUUUCCACAAGCAGUUCUUUCAAAGAGCAUGUACAAAAUACACACAAUAGUUGUGGUAGGGGCAAAGGAUGUGAUACCGACUUAUUGAGUGAAUACGUACGGAAUGUUCUUCUUUUAAGCAAGGCUCGGGAAAGAGAUGAGCUGAGUCUCCGGCGCACGAUCUAUAAGGAAUCUGAACAGGAAAUUGCUGCUGUUAUUGCCCAAUGUGUCCCAGCUAUGGAGCAGCUUCUUGUGCUUCUAAAGGAGGUAAAUUCAAUUUUGCCUGCGUUGAAUAGUCUGGAGCGGUCUGCACUAAGUGAGCACAUCGAAGAUCCUGCUAAUUUUUUGCUCAUCCCUCGCCACACACUUCGUUGCGCUGAUUUCACAUGUGGUGCUGCUUUUUCUACAACUGUCAUGCGGGUAAGGUGCGGGCGAUGUGGUCAGGUUUUCUGUCCCCAAUGCUGUCAAGAAUGUGGCUUGGGUCCUGACGUGUGUUGCGGAGACCAACGCGUUAGCCUUGGAUGGGAGCCUAUUUGUAGUUCUUGCUGGCGUGUAUGCAAAGAGCAUCAAAUAAUUUUUCAUCAGAAACAUUUGCAUCAGUGCCUCAUCAAGAGUAGUGGGCAUGUUGACAAGUGUCGAGUUUCGUCUGCUGUGUUUUCAUCGAUUUACGAAUGGAGUGGAAAUCCAGAUGUUCUUGGUCACGACACAAUAAGUUCUUCACAAAGUAGUUCACGCAGCACGACGGACGGUGCGGUUAAGCAAUCCCCAGUUGAAUUUAGCAUCGAUAAACGUCUAGAAGAUGGCUUCGCAGCAUUCUAUGUGGUUACCGGUUUGAGUGAACUUAUGGGUUUAAAUGAUUCCUGGACAUACCGGGUCGCGAAGAUGCGAGGUUCACUGCAAUGUUUGUGGCAAAGAACAGGUAUCUUAGCGAGAAAGGUAAUAACAAAUGCGGCACAUCAGCUUAAGCAACAACGUAAACAUCGCAUCAAGCAAAUCAUAUUGCCUAUGUUCCAAAUAAAAGGGUAUACAACCCCCGUAUCACUUGCCACUGGGGAAAGGGUCGAGAAUAAUAAUAAGAAUACAUCGUAA